UCGACAGGAUGCACAAGCAACAUGGGAAGUCCCUGGGACCGGGGUUAGUGCAAAGUGAGAAAGCUCUGUGUGAGAGAUUAGCUGUGCUGUAGCAGGGGUGGUGUAUUUAUUAGUUUCCUUAGUUUGCAAUGGCUGCGGUUCUCCCUGUGCGGUAAGGCGGGGGAGAGCGGGGUAGCAUGUCGGAUCGGGAUGCGAUGAACGGUUCUAGCCUCCCCGGCAGCGCCGAAUGUCAGCAGCAGGAGGAGGAGGUUGAAGCUGCUGCCGCUGCUGGAGCCAGGGCUGGCCGGGAUCUCAAGGAGUGGCUCCGGGAACAAUUCUGUGACAGUCCCAUAGAAGGGAGCGAGGACACCCGGCUACACGAUGCCACUUAUGUGGGCGACCUGGACACCAUCGCCAGUCUGCUCAGAGAGGACAACUUCAGGAGGCGAAUCAAUGAGAAGUCGGUCUGGUGCUGCGGCUGGUUGCCGUGCACGCCGUUGCGGAUUGCCGCUACAGCCGGCCACGCUGACUGCGUGGACUACCUGCUCAAGCAAGGGGCCGAGGUGGACUUGGUGGACGUGAAGGGGCAGACCGCGCUCUAUGUGGCUGUUCUGAACGGUCACUUGGACUGCACCAGGAUUCUCGUGCAGGCGGGCGCUGACCCAAAUGGAAGUUCCCACCACCGCAGCACGCCCGUGUAUCAUGCCUCGCGAGUGGGCCGAGCAGACAUCCUCAAAGAGCUCAUCAGACACGGUGCGGAUGUCGAUGUUAAUCAUCAUGUAUCCAGUCGUGUCUCAGUGCCUGCUGCCAGGAGAUUCACAUCACUGGGUGUGUGUCCCCUCUACAUCAGUUCUGCCUAUCAGCACCUCCAGUGUUUCAAGUUGUUGCUGAAAGCUGGGGCAAACCCCGAUUAUAACUACUGGGGCCAGGUAGAUGUGACAGCUUUUCCCCGGGGAUCGCCAGUCUGUGUUCUAGAUGCGGUUCUACGUCAUGGCUGCGAUGCACAGUUUGUAAAACUUUUGAUUGACUUUGGUGCUAAUUUGAACCUGGUUAAUUGGGAGGGUCUGGAUGCAGAAACGAUGGGACGGAUGAAGGUGAAUGAAGAGGCCUUGCAGAUCUUCAGAGCUGCCAAAGGUACUCCCAGGACGCUGACAUCUUCCUGCCGAAUAGUUAUUCGGAGAGUGCUGGGGAAGUUCCGUCUUCAUCUGAUCCAGACUCUGCCUAUUCCAGACACGGUUAAAAUCUUCUUGUUACACGACGACACUUGAGGGACGAUCGCUUCUCCCUGAUUGUAUCUGCAUGAACCCUGUUCUCAGUACACCACCCUGCUGUCAGGAGGAUCGCGGGUAUUUCUUGUUUCUGUCUCACGCAGCUGUCGCAACCUAUCUUUUUUUUUUGCUUUGCGUUGCUUUCCAUCCUCUUCAAGCACCACAUAAUUCAGAAAGACUAACCCUGUGAAUGAAAUCCAUUAUUUCUUGGGGCCCUAUUCGCAAAACAAACAGAAAUUGCGUUCAAAUAUAAAACUAUGUCCUCGGCUUUUGAAAA